AGGUGUGUUGUUAGGUCCCAUCUGGAGUAGUGUUUUGAUUUACAAAGUGGAAUUAUUUUUUGGAACUUUUGUUGGAAUUACAGCCUUAACGCACACGGAAUAUGUCUCAAGAUUACAGAGCAUAAUUCAUCAACAUGAGUCUUGCCGAGGAUCCGUAUGUCAACUUCGAGCCGCCACCAGAGGCACCGGUUUUUACACCGACCGAAGAAGAAUUUGCAGAUUCACUUGCGUACAUCGCGAAAAUAAAACCAAUCGCCGAAAAAUAUGGAAUUUGCAAAGUAAAACCACCAAAGGACUGGCAACCACCAUUUGCAGUUGACGUUGACAAAUUUAGAUUUGUUCCUCGUGUGCAGCGUCUUAAUGAGUUAGAGGCAAAGUCCCGCAUCAAGUUGAACUUCCUGGACCAGCUGGCAAAAUUUUGGGAGUUACAGGGAAGUAGUCUGAAGAUUCCUCAUGUUGAACGUAAACUGCUUGAUCUCUAUGACCUCUAUAAGACUGUUGAGAAAGAAGGGGGAAUGGAGUCAAUCUCACAUGAUAGACGAUGGACCAAAGUUGCAACAUCUAUGGGGUAUGAGACAGGGAAAGGAGUUGGAGGGACCCUGAAAUGCCAUUAUGAGAGAUUACUCUUUCCUUAUUAUCUCUUCAAAACAGGAGCUUCUCUUGAAGCAGCAAAUUUGAAGAUCAAUGAUGAGUUAGAGGAGAAUUCUGCUGAUGCUGAUUACAAACCACAUGGUAUUGAAGAGAGAAUCGCCAGUGGUAGCUAUAAACGAAUACCAAAGAUGGAGAGAAAAGAAAUUAAACAGGAACCAUCUGUAGACUUUAAUAAGAACCCAGAGUUAAGGAAGUUACAGUUCCAUGGAGCCGGGCCCAAAGCUGCAAUACCAAAAGGGGAGGAGGAAGAGGAGAAACCAGAUGUAAAGGAGGGAAAGAAAAUGAAAACCAGAAAUAAAACAAACCCAGGACUUUACACUUACGUUGACUUGUAUUACUGUCACACGUGUGGGCGUGGUGACGGGGAGGAGUACAUGUUGCUAUGUGACGGUUGUGAUGAUGCUUUCCACACAUACUGUCUAAUACCACCAUUGUCAGAAAUACCCAAAGGAGACUGGAGAUGCCCCAAAUGUAUACAACAGGCAUGUAGCAAGCCACAGGAUCCAUAUGGGUUUGAACAGUCAAAGCGAGAGUUCUCUCUACAGUCCUUUGGGGAGAUGGCAGACAACUUUAAGAGCAACUACUUCAACAUGCCUGUACAUAUGGUGCCAUGUGAGAUGGUUGAGAAGGAGUUUUGGCGUCUUGUGAACAGUCUAGAGGAGGAUGUGGCAGUGCAGUAUGGGGCUGAUGUUCAUGCUAUGGACCAAGGUAGCGGGUUUCCAACAAAGGCUGUUAAAGAACAAUUUAUGGAAGAUGAGGUAACAGACUCUCUUACCGAGGAGUAUAUGAACUCUAGUUGGAACUUGAACAACUUACCAGUGCAGGAGGCCUCAGUGUUGUGUCAUAUCAAUGCAGAUAUAUCAGGCAUGAAGGUACCAUGGUGUUAUGUUGGGAUGUGCUUUUCCAGUUUUUGUUGGCAUAUUGAAGACCACUGGAGUUACUCAAUUAAUUAUAUGCACUGGGGUGAACCUAAGACCUGGUACGGAGUGUCGGGCAAUAAUGCUGACCAGUUUGAGGAGGCCAUGAAGCGUACGGCACCAGAAUUAUUUGAGAAUUCACCAGACUUACUACAUCAACUAACCACAAUCAUGAACCCCAAUGUUCUCAUGAAACAAGGAGUGAAGAUUUGCCGAACCAAUCAACAUGCAGGAGAGUUUGUGAUUACAUUCCCAAGAGCAUAUCAUGCUGGCUUCAACCAAGGCUAUAACUUUGCUGAAGCUGUCAACUUCUGUCCCUCUGACUGGUUGCCAAUGGGAAGGAAAUGUAUAGAACACUAUAGGGAACUUCACAGACAGUGUGUGUUCUCACAUGAGGAACUGAUAUGUAAGAUGGCUGCCGACCCAGACAAUCUGGACUUUAAAGUUGCAGCCUGUACACAUGAAGAUUUACUGACCAUAGCUGAUAUUGAAAAACAACUGAGAAAAAAACUACUGCAAAUGGGAGUUACAGAAGCAGAGAGAGAAGCAUUUGAAUUGUUACCUGAUGAUGAGAGACAGUGUAGCUAUUGUAAAACCACUUGCUUUCUGUCUGCUCUUACCUGUCCAUGUUCUGAUAGUAUAGUAUGUCUCCGCCACUCCGAUAAACUAUGUAGUUGUCCACCCAGCAAGUAUUGUUUAAGGUACCGGUACACGCUAGAUGAAAUCCCAGCAAUGUUGAGCAGGUUGAAGGAGAGGGCAGAGUGCUAUGAAAUUUGGCAUAAAAAGGUGGAAAGAGCCUUGGAGGCUACAGAUGAAAACAAAGUCGAUUUGUUGGAGUUGAAGAAUUUACUGAUUGAUGCAGAGGAGAAACAUUUCCCAGAUUCUGAGCUAAUGCAGUCCCUGAACAACGCUGUCACAGAAGCUAUGAAAUGUGCAAAUGUUGCCAAUCAGCUCGUGUCAAGGAAAGUUAGAACCAGGAAUCGACAGAGUACAGAUGGUAAAUACAUUGCUAAACUCAGUCUAGAGGAACUCAAUUGUUUCUACGAGCAAGUUGCUAGUCUACCCUGCAUCAUCAAAGAGGGAAAGUUACUAAAGGAACUGCUUGACCAGGUGUUGAACUUCCAAGCUGAAGCUAAGGAGGCAUUAGAGGCAGAAACCCCAGACUCUGCCAAGCUGGAACAGCUGAUAGAGUUCAGUGUACAACUGGAUGUUGAUCUACCCGAGAUUCCAAAACUAAAACAGGUAUUACAACAAGCAAAAUGGUUGGAUGAAGUUAGGGAGUCACUACAGGAUCCAGAAACUGUUGUUCUCGAUACAUUGAGGAAACUGAUGGAAUCAGGGGUGGGCUUAUCACCACAUAAUGCUGUUGAGAAGGCAAUGGCAGAGUUACAGGAACUGUUAACACUCAGUGAACGAUGGGAAGAAAAAGCUAGAAUAUGCUUACAGGCCAGGCCGAGACAUGUGAUGUCAACAUUAGAAGCAAUAGUAAAUGAAGCAUCCAACAUUCCUGUCUGCUUGCCAAAUGUGAACGCUCUGAAAGAGGCUUUACGUAAAGCAAAGGACUGGACAUCUAAAGUGGAGGCCAUCCAGAGCUCUGAGUCAUAUCCCUACCUAGAUGUAGUGGAGAGCCUUGUAAAUAAAGGACGACCAAUUCCAGUACGCUUAGAUCAACUUCCACAAGUGGAAUCUCAGGUAGCGGCUGCUAAAUCCUGGAGGGAACGUACAGCCAGAACAUUCCUUAAGAAGAACUCGACCUACAGUCUACUAGAGGUGCUGUCACCACGGAGUGAUAUAGGGAUCUACAACAGUGGUAAGAGGAAGAAGAGAUUGAAGGAUUUAGAGAGAGUUCACUCUGAGAACAGUCUGACAGAUAUCAAAAUAGAGGAACAGAGAGACCCUGCUCUCAUCGUUGCAGCAUUUAAGAUGGCUGAAGAGAAAGAAGCAGAGGCUAUGAUGGAUCUACGCAUACGUAACAUGGAGAAGAUACGCCAGGAUGGUGUAGAUGCCAGGUUCUGUAUCUGUAGGAAAGGUGCCUCGGGAUUCAUGUUACAGUGUGAACUAUGUAAAGACUGGUUUCAUGGUACGUGUGUUCCCUUGCCAAAGUCGGCCAAUAUCAAGAAUAAGUCUUCACAAAUGGCUGCAGUGCAGGCAGCUAAAGAUCUCAAGUUUCUGUGUCCAUUGUGCUUACGUUCACGAAGACCUCGUCUGGAAACCAUUCUAUCCCUACUUGUGUCCUUACAGAAGUUACCGGUCCGUCUACCAGAGGGUGAAGCUUUGCAGUGUCUGACAGAGCGAGCCAUGGCAUGGCAGGACAGGGCACGUCAGGCAUUGACUACAUCAGAACUGGCAUCAGCUCUUGCUAAAUUGAGUGUUCUUAGUCAGAAAAUGGUGGAGCAAGCAGCAAGGGAAAAAACUGAGAAAAUAAUAAAUGCUGAAUUAAUGAAAGCUGCUAAUAACCCAGAACUUCAAGGACAUUUAGCGAGUGUAACGCAGAAUGCUUUCAGUGGAAAUGGAAAUGUGCCGCCUAGAGCGGCAGACUCUGGUAUAGGAAUGGACUUGGAAAGUUCGUUACCAAUGCCACUUUCCCCUCCAGUAGUGAAUGAAGAUUCACAGGGUGGAGAGGAGGAUUAUCAACUGGAAAUUGAAGUGGUUAGUUCAGGAGAAAACAGCAAUAGUAACCCCCCAACAGGAGGAAUGUCCGAGCAUGCUUACUCAUCUAUGUCCAAACUUCAUCCUGGUGCUCUUUCACCAAAGAAGCAGCAGCGUAAGACGCCAUUAAUACCACGUCAGUUAGAAAACCCAGUCCUGGAGCUGUCUGACCAGGCUAAAGUACAACUUGAAAUUCUAAUGAUGGAAGGAGACCUGCUUGAAGUAUCGCUAGAUGAGACGCAGCAUAUCUGGCGGAUACUGCAGGCAUGUCAGCCACGCUCGGAGGAUAAUAGAGUUGUAGAAUUUGAUGACUAUGAUUCUACAAAGAUAGGUUAUGAUGGAGAAAGGAUCAAAAUAAAGAAAGAAAAGGACCCAGAAAAGAGAAAGUAUAAGAAGAGGAAGAGCCUUGAGGGUGGUGACCCAUUAAAACCUAAAAAGGUCAAGGUGAUCACUGUGGGUCUGGAUGGGGAAAAAUUGAAGAAGAAGAAGUUGAAGAUCAUGAAACCAAAAAUAAAGCGAGAGUUUGAUGAAAAUGGAAUGGAAUUCCAAGAUAUUAUGUCUGAGGAGUUAACUGGACCAUUGACCAUUGACAUCAAACCAGACAAACUGAAGAAACUGAAAGCAAAGAUAGAGAAGGGAGAGAAACCAAGGAAGAAAAAGAAGCUAAAAGUCCCGUUGAAAGCUGAGGAUGGACAAGCAGUAGAGAAGAAAAAAAGAAAGAAAAGAGUAAAGAAGGAACUGAUGAUGGCUGAUGAUGAUGAUAGUGAUGAGGAUUGUGCUGCUAGAAAGUGUCUUAAACCUACAGGGGAAGUGAACUGGGUGCAAUGUGACAGAUGUGAAGAGUGGUUUCACCUUUUGUGUGUUGGCCUUGCUGAAGAUGAAGUGUCAGAGGAAGAGGAGUAUGAAUGUUUCUCGUGUAAACAGGGGCGUGGCCAACAACCUGUCCUGGUAGGAAACCAUAAUAAAUCGAGUACCAUCUCUCCUACUAAAGUACCUGGAAUGUAUAACUACAGUGGAGUGUCUGUGAUUAAAGCCGAACAAGACAUGGACAAUGUGCUUGUCUGUAAUGAGGAAGUUGAGGUAACCAUGGAUACACCGCGGUCGUCUAGUUACAGUAGAGCCAUGGAAACCUAUCAUAGUUCACUGAUUGCAGAGAAAGACGAUCCUGAAAUGGCCACCUCCUCAAAAAUCACACAGUUUUCAUACGAGACUGAUGAAAGUUCACAGGAUGAAGUGAAGUCUACUUUCUCUGUAGGAACUGACUCAAACGAGGCCAUUGCUAUGGCAACACAAAUAAGUGUUGCGUCAGACGCAUAGAAAGUUUGCCAGUAUUAAACUAGAUUCUUGAAGGUGUGAAUUUGGAGUGAAGAGAUGGUUACAUGAGGUGGGUAAAAUUGCUACUUCAGGAGAGCUUUUGCUGGUCUGUAUAGACAAAAACAGAUUCAGGUUCCAGUAUAUUAUUGGAGGAAAUGGAAUGAGAAAGUUAUUGUGGGACAUCGAAAGUUCAGUAAGGAUAAGAAGACCAGAUACUGUGGUACACAUGUACAACAAAGAUAGUGCUUAAGACAACAUUCUGUAAUAUGUAAUUACCUGUUGUGUACAGGUCUGUUUAGAUCUUGCUACAACUGGAAACAUUUUGAUCUAUUAGAGUCAUGGUUUUUUCUUGUACACUGUUAAGAACAUAACUGCACUGUACAUAAAAUCUUUAUAUUGUGCUAUGUUCGUAUUUUUGUUGUAAGUCCUUUCGUUUGAUGUCCGUGUACAUUUGAUAACACUUUUCAGUCUGUCCAUAGUUUCAAGCUUAUCAUGAUGUUAAGGAAAAGCUACAUUUUCUUAUAAAUUCAGCACAAUUGAAAGUUUUUUUUCUUCUGAAAUUGAAAUUCAUGUAUGCAACAUUUCUGUUAAUAAACUGGAAUACAUGAAUGAAAAUGAGAAGUUACGAGUCAAAUAAGUCAAGAAAAUUUAAAAUGUACUUGCAUAUGUACUAAAACCAGAAAGAAAAAACACUCGGAGAUAUACUAAAAGUUUGUGUUUUUUUUAAAUGGAAGAUGUACUAAAAUCAUGGAAAUGUUUAUAUCUUAAUACUUUUUGCUGCAACAUAACAUUUUUGAAGAGAAUUAUGACAGAUACUUCUUUCAGCAGAAAAUUAUGAGGGCUUCAAGAUAGGUUUUUUUUUUAGCUCACCUGAGCACAAAGUGCUCAGGGUGAGGUAUUGUGAUCGCUCACCGUCCGGCGUCCGUCCGUCCGUCCGUCCGUCCACACUUUCCUUUAAACAACAUCUCCUCCUAAACCAACAGGCCAAUUUUGAUGAAACUUCACAGGGUUGUUCCUUGGAUGGUCUUCUUUAAAAUUGUUCAAAGAAUUGAAUUCCAUACAGAAUUCUGGUUGCCAUGGCAACCAAAAGGAAAAACUUUAAAAAUCUUCUUCUCAAAAACCAGAAGCCCUAGAGCUUAGAUAUUUGGUGUGAAGCAUUGCCUAGUGGACCUCUACCAAGUUUGUUCAAAUCAUGACCCCAGGGUCAAAAUUGACCCAGCCCCAGGGGUCACUGAUUUUACAUAGGAAAAUCUUAAAAAAUCUUCUUCUCAAAAACCAGAAGCCCUAGAGCUUAGAUAUUUGACAUGUAGCAUUGCCUAGUGGACCUCUACUAUAAUUGUUCAAAUCAUGACCCCGGGGUCAAAAUUGACCUCGCCCCAGGGGUCACUUGAUUUUACCAGGAAAAUCUUCAAAAAAUUUCUAAAAAUAAACCAGAAGCCUAGAGCUUAGAUAUUUGACUUGUAGCAUUGCCUAGUGGACCUCUACAAAAUUUGUCCAAAUCAUGACCCCCGGGGUCAAAAUUGACCCCACCCCAGGGGUCACUUGAUUUUACAUAGGAAAAUCUUCAAAAAUUUUCUAAAAAUAAACCAGACGGCCUAGAUCUUAGAUAUUUGAUAUGUAACAUUGCCUAGUAGACUUCUACAAAAUUUGUUCAAAUCAUAACCCCCGGGGUCAAAUUGACCCCGCCCCAUGGGAUUACUUGAUUGUACAUAGAAAAAUCUUCAAAAUAAACCAGAAGGCCUAGAGCUUAGAUAUUUCAUAUGUAGCAUUGCCUAGUGGACCUCUACAAAAUUUGUUCAGAUCAUGACCCCCGGGGUUAAAAUUGACCCCACCCCAGGGGUUACUUAAUUUUACAUAGGACAAUCUUCAAAAAUUUUCUAAAAAUAAACCAGAAGGCUUAGAUCUUAGAUAUUUGACAUGUAGCAUUGCCUAGUAGACUUCUACAAAAUUUGUUCAAAUCAUGACCUCCGGGGUCAAAUUGACCCCCACCUCAUGGGGUUAUUUGUUUAGCUUUAGCAAAGAAUUUUUUUCAAGAAAGCAAUUAAACUCAGGUGAGCGAUAUAGGGCCAUCAUGGCCCUCUUGUUUUAUUUGCAUAUUACCAAUACUUUAUCCUUAAUUUGUGUGAUUUCAUUAAGCAAGUUGGGUGUUUGAUGCUUUGUACUAAAUUGCUUGUUAAGUUAUUUCAUAUUUUAUUUGAAUCUUGUUUUUGUUUUUGAUUUUUCAUUUGUGUGUUGAAUUUAUUUGACUUCAUUUUGAAGAAAUAUAUUCAUGGGACGCAUGUUAUUACACUUAUAAUGUCCAGGUAAAUAUACACCUGUUUAAAUUAUAUCUCUUACAGAACAGCCUUUCACCUUAAGGUAGUUCUGCACGUUUGGGUCGACAUUUUUUCUACAAUGUAGAAUUUGAUUAAACUUUGAUUUUUCAAAACUUAAAAACAUACCUAGAAAAUUCAGCAAAUAAAAAAGAUAGGGUCGUGUGCUUGAUUUUUUGCUAGACUGAUUUAAAAAAUUUGGACCUCAUGAAAUAUUUCAUAAUUGGAGUCUAUGGGAAAAUCAUAACUUUCAUAACAUUUUCGUGAAUAGAAAUUUUUCUACAAUGUAGAUUUUGAUGAAACUUCUCAGAGUUGUGAAUAAAGACAUGUCCUAUAAUUUGAUGAAAUAAAAUGUAUAGGUCUGUGUGCUUACUUUUAAGAUAUUUGACCAUGAUUAAAGAAAACCGGACAUUUCACACUAAUUUUAAGACAUUAUUUUGAAUUAUUUAACGUGUCAUAUGUUUUAGUACCAUAUUUUGACUUUAGAAAUAUAUAUCAACAGUGUCAAUGUAAUAAAUUUACUCACAGGUUGCGAUUAAUUCAUAAAAUGAUUUUCAUUUCCGUACUUCAAAUCCAGGCUUUAUUCUUCGUUUUCCGGAUAAAUGACGUUACGCCAUCACUUCCGGUUUAUCAAACGUGCAGAACUACCUUAAUAUAUGGUCACAUAUGUUGUCUUCAUCCAAGUGAAUCAAUUUUUCAGAACACACAAAACUUAUUAGCAAUUAAUUGAAAAUAUAAGGCCAUUUUUGUAGGCUAACCAGUAGCUGCGUGGUAAACACUGUCUGGGAAAUAAUCUGGACAUUUUUGCAGUCAAUAUUUCUUAUAUUUAGCAAUACAAAUUUGUAUUUAAUAUUUCACCUGUUUCUCUGUUAACAGCGAAUAUAAAAGCAAUAUACAGGAAGACUUUGUUUAAUGACUAUAUAGUGUAGGUGUAUGUACACCUGGCAAUAUGAGGUGUUGCAUAGUUUGGAAGAGAUUUUUUGCUAUAUACUUGCAGUGUUCCAUUAAUUGUGUAUUAUAAUUUUCACCACUAUUCAUUAUGUGCUACUUUGUGAAUAGAAUAUGUUUAUCAAUUUUUGAAGCGAGUUUGAAAUAUUCUGUACAGUUGCACUUGUGGGAUUAAAGAACAAAGUGUGUUAUCUUCCAGCAUAGUUUGCUUAAAAGCUAACACAUUGUAAAACAAAAGAACAUAGUGUAUCGUUUGCAAUACAUGCAAAACCAGUCAAUAUGAUACUGUGUCAUAUUUGUUGGCUGUUAAGAAUUUGCCAUAAACAUUCAUUCUAAAUGGCCAUUUCAUUUAUACAAUGUUAACAUCCUCUCUUAGAGACUUAAGUGUGAAUCUUGUGAAAAAUCAAUUGAACCGUUUUCACAAUGCUUGUAAAUUUGCUUUUGAAAGGUAUGUUUGUAAAUAAUUUUGAAAACAAUUAUUGAAAGUACUUUGUCAAAUUUGUCAUUGGUAAAUGUCCUAAUAAACAUUUUCUCUUAA